CUUAUUGGGUAUGGCUGGGAACUCCCCAGACGUAGGAGGAGCUCCCAAAUUAAAGCAGAGGUGAGACUGCGCCCGCAAGCAGUGGAGACAGAGUUCAGAAGCUUUAUAUUUUUCAAGGCACCAGAAGCUCAGAAGCAUGUCGGGGAAGCCCAGGCUCACCUAUCUCAAUGGGAGAGGGCGAAUGGAGUCCAUCCGUUGGCUGCUGGCUGCAGCUGGAGUGGAGUUUGAAGAAAUUUUUCUGCAAACAAGAGAGCAGUUUUUGAAGUUAGACCAAGAUGGAUCCCUGCUGUACCAUCAACUGCCGCUGGUUGAGAUCGACGGGAUGAAGUUGGUGCAGUGCAGAGCCAUCCUCAACUACAUAGCAGGGAAAUACAAUCUCUACGGGAAAGACCUGAAGGAGAGAGCCCUGAUCGACAUGUAUGUGGAAGGAAUAUCAGAUCUGAUGCAACUGAUUUUGAUGUUUCCUUUCUCUCCACCUGACGCAAAGGAGAAAAAUCUUGCCACGAUUGCAGAGAAGGCAAAAGAGAGGUACUUCCCUGUCUUUGAAAAGAUUUUGAAACAGCACGGCCAAGAUUUUCUUGUGGGAAACCGAUUCAGCUGGGCAGAUGUUCAGCUCACGGAAUGCAUUUUAGCAGUGGAGGAGAAAGUACCUUCUGUGCUUUCUGGGUUUCCUCAGCUGCAGGCUUUUAAGACUAAAAUGAGCAACAUCCCCACAAUCAAGAAAUUCCUGCAGCCUGGCAGCCAGAGGAAACCCCCUCCAGAUGAAAAUUAUGUAGCAACUGUGAUGAAAGUUUUUAAGCUAGGCUGAGUGCAAUGUUAACUUCACCAAGUCUCAAAGUGCUGGGAAGAAAGACGUCAAAACCCAAACCCUUAAAGGAAGUAGGAAACUCAGUAAAGUUUCAUUGUACUUAAAAGCAAUAGUAGAAAUCAAUAAAAGAGUGAAAUAAAGCAUUCUGUUUACUCUGGCAACAUGA